UGGGAAACCUACAACAUGAACGCAUCAAAGAAGGUCUUCAUCGUUGGUCCUGGGUUCAUCGGUUGGAAUGUUUUGGACCUUCUUUGCGCUGAAGGAUAUACAGUGUCGGGCCUUGUGCGACGGGAAUUGCAUGGACAACAGAUUCAAAAAUCUGGUGCUCUGGCUAUUCAGGGCGAUCUGAACGAUAGAGAGUUAAUCAAGAAGCACGUUGCGCAGAACGAUAUUACCAUCCACACAGCAACAGCAGACCACCUACCAUCCGUCGAGGCCGUCCUAGAUGGCGUCAAAGAACGCGCUGCAGCCGACAAACCCACCAUCUUCAUCCAUACCUCCGGCACCAGCCUGCUCGACGACGGCUCCCUCGGCGCCUUCAAAGGCGAUAAAGUCUACUCCGACACCGACCCGGACUCCAUCAACGCACUCUCCGACACAGCGCCCCACCGCCAAAUCGAUCUCGCCAUCGUGCGCGCCUCUAAGGAGCUCGGCGACAAGGCAAAGCUCGCCAUCAUGAUCCCGCCCGAGAUCUAUGGCUUCAAUCCCCAGCACAAGCGCCUCACGAUUCAAAUCCCAACCAUCACACGCUUCGCCCUUAAGCACGGCUUCGCCGGCCACGUAGGCAAAGGCCUCGGCGUCGAAUCACAGAUCCACGUGCUGGACCUCGCACGCGCAUACGUCGUCCUCCUACACUACGUGGAGUCUUCCCCACCAUCCACCUUCCUGCAGAACCCGUACUUCUUCUGCGAAAACGGGCGCGAGUUCUCGUGGAAAGAAGUCGCUGAGAACGUCGGUAAGGCUCUGCACGCGAAAGGACUGAUUAAGGAUCCGGCGCCGAAGGAGUAUAGUAAAGAGGACUGGGAUGAACUAUUUGGAGAGUACACGGGGACGGUUAUCGGGCUGAACUCUAGGAGUAGGGCGGUGAGGCUGAGGGAGUUGGGGUGGGAGCCGAGGGAGAAGGGGAUCUGGGAGAGUUAUAAUGAGGAUGAGUUGCCGGAGAUUUUGAAGGAGGAAAAUAUCGGAACGGCGAGUCGGUAUGAAGGCGCUGUUGCUUCGUAGGGCUGUACAGCACUCUCCUGGUCUUUCGAUGUUGAAGCGACUACGGGAGCAAUUCUUGAGCUGAGAUUCGCGAGGUGAUGGCUUGCGGGAGUGUCAGCGGGACCCCUAUCCCAGGGAAAACCUGAACUGCUUGCGUCAUAAAUGGUCCCGAAUACCUACCAGCGCUUUUUGUUUCGCAUCACGAAGGUAACACGACGAUCGUGGCAACAAUUCCGUUUCCCCCAGCUCCGUGGUGGCUAUGCCCCUCACAUACCCAAUCAAUCACUCGCACCACCACCCCAACAACGGCACACCACUC